GAAGUGAACGUUUCGUUCCCGUUGUCGACCUUUACGCAAGCUAUUCUCGCUUCUCUGUUGAUCGUAAUACUGGACUACGUCAGACCACAACGCGUGAAAACAUUGGUUUUAGGGGGGAACGAACGAAUAAUAGCCUUGACAAAGUCGACACCAAGCCGAACAAUACAGUCUUUUCAUGCAUUAAACCAUUCGUCCUAAUAUAAUGUAUACGAAAAUCUCGUCAUGGACCGCAGCAUGCCUGUCGUUAUCCUUACUGCCAACGGCGACCGCAUUCUAUCCGUACCACUUCCCCUCCGGAAGCGACAAUAAUGCCGGUGCAUCCCGUCGAGCCUCGAUUCCCCAUGCCGCACGAGGGCCGUUGUCUCUGCCCAUACGCCGGGUGCAAUUGCCGCGAGAUAACAUCUACAACAUUGUCAACUCGAAAGACCCCUCCCAGGCGAACAGCGUAGCAAUCGAUCAGGAUGGCAAUGAUCUUUCGUACAUGGUGGCUGUGACUAUUGGAGAUAGCAAGGAGGAAUACCAUCUAUUGCUUGACUCGGCUGCUAGUAACACCUGGGUGAUGGGACAAGAGUGCAGUAGCGAGGCAUGCAAAACGCAUAACCUUUUUGGUGUUGGGGACUCGAGCACUCUGAAGACUGACACGAAGACGUUCGACAUCACAUACGGUACUGGGUCAGUAAAAGGCAACCUUGCCACGGACGUCAUGCACAUUGGGUCACUUGCUGGCGCCGAGUUGAACUUUGGUCUCGCAACGAAUGUUUCUGAUGAGUUUCGUGCAUACCCCAUGGAUGGUAUCCUGGGCAUCGGCCGUGGCGACAACACCCAAAUCUCCCCCAAAGUUGUCGAGGUUUUGAGUUCUUCCAACCUGAUUGACUCGAAGCUGUACGGCAUCCACAUGUCUCGCGCCAAAGAUGGGCUCAAUGACGGAGAACUGAACUUUGGCGAGCCAAACAAGGAGAGGUAUGACGGCGAUCUGAAUUGGUUGAAGACUGUGCCCAACAAUGUCGGAUUCUGGGAGGUCAACUUGGAUGAUGCAGGCGUUGGCGAGAAGGCACUCGACUUCAAGGGCAUGACCGCAAUCAUGGAUACCGGGACGUCGUUCAUCCUCAUGCCCAAGGACCACGCAGUGACGCUCCACAAUUCUGUUCAGGGAACCAGGAAUUCAGGCGAGACCUUCACCGUUCCGUGUGAUACCAAGGAGAACCUGUUCAUGGCCUUUGGCGGCAAGCGGUACACCAUAUCCACGGCAGAUUGGGUAGGACCUAAGCAGUCUGAUGGUUCUUGCCGAAGCAACGUGAUUGGAAGACAAACAUUCGGCGACAAGCAGUGGCUAGUCGGUGAUACGUUCCUCAAGAACGUGUACUCGGUCUUCGACUUCGACAACAGCCAAGUUGGACUGGGUGUCAAAGGUGGUGCAAGCAGCCAGGUUCCCAAGCCAAGCGCAUCUGUUGGGACUGGAUCGAGCGGGAAUACAUCUCCCACCGCGACAGGUGAGUCGAGCUCGCCGAAUGCCUCCUCCACGGGAUCGGCACCUCCCCCGACAGGAACAAUUUCUAAUGCAUCGCCGACAGGUGCUGCCGCCAGUUCGAUCACGAACCCUUCGCUACAAGCCGAGGCCACGGCUGGCGCAUCGCAGAGCUCCGAGAAGCCGGGUGCCGCUGUGCGAGCCUCGGGCUCUACUUCGUCCGUUGCACUCGCGAUUGCAUUGGGCUUGGUCUGUCUGUUCAUGUAGUCGAGCAGCCAGACAUUUGUACUAUAUUCUCUACACACGGUGCUGUGCACAUGAAAUCGGCACAGCAUCGGCAAAAUUUGGCGUUUUGGGAUUUGGA